AUGCUCUCCACGACGCCGACGCCCUUGAAGCGUUCUGGCACAGGUCCGCCAAGUGCUUUCCCGCGUUCCUUGUAUGCUUCCACUAGCAGCACUACAGACUCGAAUGGAAAUCGAGACGCAGUGUCAUCAACCCCGUCUCGAGCACGCGUCGUUUCAGAAACAUCUGUCCCAACUCCAUCACAUCAACACCGUGUUUCAGUCAACUUCGCCUCUCCCAAACCAGCUAUAAAUUUUACAUCUCCAAGUCCUGCAAAGCACAAGAACAAUCCUUCAUCCGCGUCAGUCCGCGUGCGUACCGCAAGCUCUGCUACUUCCAAUUCAGCAUCAGUAUUUGGAAGCGGCGAAAUGGCUUCUCUGACCAGGAGUGUCUCCAUGGAGAGUACUCCGACUACUGUACCCCCGUCUUCUGCGCCUAAGCCCCACUCAAGCAACACACCCUCAAAACCUUCAAUAAACACGCCUUCAACCACACCUUCCAAAUUGUCUCCUCUCGCUCGUACCCAGCUACAGCGUACACCAUCAGGGACAUCCAGUAUGACACGGUCCCCUGGUACAAAAAAUAUGCACUCUCCGAGUCCAAAAGUCCGUUCUCCUGGCUCAAACUUCAUGGGUAAAGAGCCCGUCGCGUUGCUGUCCGAAUCGCUCGCCUCAAAAAGAGCUAUGGCCGCAAGCGCCAUGGGCGGGACAAGAAUAGGGAGCGUCUUCAGCGAUGGUACCGGGAGUAUCAUCGGAGGUCCAAGACACGUGAACGGACGCGUCAUGAACGGUGCCGUGAUCAAUUUGAACGAUGACACGGGUCUGGAGGAUAUUUGGGAUCAUGAGGAUGAUGGGAUGACGUUUGAUAUGGUUACGGAUGUGGAUGGGGAAGGCGAUGAGGAGCUCGACCAAGCCCUCACCCAAAUCCGUACCCUCCACACCUCUAAACUCCUAGCCUACAAGCGCCUCCUCGAACGCGCGCACGCAAGUAGUGCAGCGCAGGUUUAUCAUCUUCAAGCUCAACUCGCAGAAUUGCGUUCCAAGUCUCAGUCUCAGGCUCAAGGGUCUUUGCAACUGGAGGGGGGUGAGUAUUGUGUUUGUGGUGGGAGGAAGAGGGGGUAUUGGGACGCGGUUAGUUGGAGGAAUGUGGAGGGGGAGGGCGAUGAGACCGCGGAGGGUGGCGAUUUGGUAGAUGCUAUGAAGAAGCUUGAUGAGAGGGGUGUUAGGAGGGCUAUGAGGGGGUUGGGGAGGGAGGGGCGGGGGAGAAUUAUCCAGAUCAUACUUGAAUCAACCCUCCCAGGCGACAUCCCCCUUCAAAUCCUCCUCCUUCAAAAAUACCUCAAAAGCUCAUUCGACAUCAUCGGUUUCCUCGCUCCUGAGAUCGCUCUUCAGAUCUUGAGCAAGUUGAGCGUGAAAGAGGUUGUUAGGGCUGGGCUAGUCUCGAAAAAAUGGUACACCGCAACUCGUCAUCCUGCAUUGUGGAGGUGGCAUUGUCUGCGCUUGACUAUCAGUGAUCCGGUCCGUGUGAGGGCACCGGCGAAGCCUGAGGGAUGGUACCCUCUCUACCGCUCCCUCCAUCAUCGCGAGUCCAAUUUUGCGCAUGCGCUUCCGCAGAGCAUACGCUUCUUGAAUGGACAUACAAAUUUCUGUACGACGUUGUUGUUGAGAGGCAAGCGCCUCAUCUCAGGCUCCUAUGAUGAAACCAUCCGUUUCUGGGACAAUCGACACCGGCGAGAUGAAAAACCUGUGAGCUGUGUGGAUUUCUUGGCAGAGGAAGAGGUUUUCGUGGUUGGGUUUCAUGAUGUUGGCCGCGUUCACCUUUUUUCCUCCGUCACAUUCACGCCUCUUCAACAACUUGCCGGACACCUCAACGGUAUCCGCGCCGUUGCGCUUUCCUCCAAGAAUCUCGUCAGCGCAGGCGCUGAUAAGGCUCUCGUGUGUUGGGAUUGGCGCGCCGGGACGAAGAUUGUGAGGUUUGGACAGCAGACAACGAUUAAUAUCGGUGUGCAGAUCGUCCAAGGGGGCACAGAAGCGGAAGGAGAGCGUGUAGUGGGUGUGACUAUCGAUGGCAUCGUUCGGGUUUUCUCGAUUAAGAGGAGAGAGAUGAUCUCGCAGUUUAAGCUCAGUGAACUCGGUGGUAGCGACCCUGUGCUGCAUGCGAAGCUGUUUAAUGUGGGCUCUGCGCCUAAUAAUAUGUUGCAGUGGUUCGCGGCCAAAGGCUCGCAGAUGACUUGCGCGACUAAAUCUGUGAUCUUGCAUCUGCAAUGGACCGAAGGUGAAGACGAGAAGACUCCUGCCGAGACUACUACAAUGAGCCCUACGUUCACUGGAAGGACUCUUACCUCUCCUACGCCCUCCUCCCUUAACCCGAGAUCACGCGCUGUCUCAUCCCUUAUACGGCCCACGCAGGUGUCUACUCCCCAGCGCAGACAGUCUGCACUUGGGGUGAGUACAUCGGGCUUGCCCAAAUCGCGUCUUUCGCUUGGGACACCUUCUACGCCUCUCACCUCCAAUCUCAGCGCAUCUCACCUCUCAGGUAUAUCACCAUCUCCACUCUCCCUACUCCCUCGAUCUGGCACUCCGCUGUCCCCGAUGGGUGCACCGUUAUCCCCUAUGGGUGCGGCGGGUGCAGAUGGGUUUGCGAUUCGGUUCGGGCGGGCGGCGAUUCUGACUGCACCUCCCAAGCUCGUUGCGCUCGUAGAGACGCCUGAUGUUGCUGUUGGGGCAGUGGAUCCUAGGAAGAGGAGGGUGGUUACUGCUACGAGGUUUAGUUCGCGAGCGGGGGCUGAUCGGAGGGUUCUGAUGUCGACCCAUAAAGACAAGGACAAGGUUGAUGUCCUUGAUGGUCCAGUCGAUGAAGACACGGGGCCUACGACGGACCAUGCAAAUCCGAUGCUUCUCGUCCCCGACGCCGAGCGUGCAUGGGCGGCGCUUGCUCGUGCCACGCACGAGGGUGUGAAAGGUCUUCUAGGUCCGUUGCCGCCCAAGUUCACGGGCUUGGCGGUGCCAGAGAAGAACCCGAUGUCAAUGCAACUCACGCAUGAGGAGGUAGUGGUAGGGUGCGCGGAUGGGACAAUUUACGUGAUGAAUUUCUUGGGGCAUGAGUAUGUGAAGGAGAGGUCUAGGAUGGAGGAAGGGGUUGAGGAGGAGGAGAGCAGUGAGGAAGAGGAUGCAUCUGUGGAUAGGAGUUUAAUUUUUGGGGCUUGAAGGGCAUCGAAUAUUCACGCAACCGCACCAAAAGGACGGGCACCAAUACCACACCGAACAACUAGCAAAGGAAUACCAACUACUAUCGCACUGGAUGGAACGCAUAGACUAGAACAUUCAACAAUUUCGAUCGACAGGACAACUACUUACGCAGCACACUCGUUUUAUAUCAUUAAUGACUCGUUAUUUGGAUUAUCGUUAGUUAGAAGUAGAGACAAAUGACUCUUCAUGCAUAUGCAUGGCUCGUAUCGAUUCUCUUCUUUUGCGUCC